UGUGAUGCGGUUUUCCGCAAUAAGCCACUGUGUGUAAUGCUGUGUAAUUUUAUCCACGCUGCACUCUCUUGAUUCACGCAAGGCUGAUACCUUGCCUCCCCCUUUCCUUUGUAUCAAUUGGUCGGAGUUCAGGCUAUUGUCACUGGAAGGUUCUUUUAGAUCUGUGCACGCUGUCGAUCAGCGAAAUCUCACGAUAGGCUCCUUGUAGGAUCCAGAACUUUUUACAGUCCACUGUAGGGAGAGCAAAGGAGACGAUAACCUCCAGGACGAGACCACACUGUUGUCAACGCACCGGCCCUAAUCGACCACGGCUUCACCAGAUCACUUCAGAUAAAGAGACUGCAGAGGAACACAUCUGCGUGCCAAUGUUUCGUGGGCAGGAUCAUUACGUUUUGCCACCACUACGGCAAAGGCAUACGCCAACUCUUUAAUGGGACCCCGGAGGCCAUUUCUAUCCAUUCUUGUCAGAAUCUUACGAUAUACAGCCAUGCCACAAUGGUUAUAAUUCAGUUCCUGUUGUUGCUGAGUUUCUUGGACCAAAGCAAGCAGGAUUAUCUGUCUCCGAGGCUUGCUAGGACUUCAGGGACGCCUUGUGCCAGGGGCCAGGCGUGUGACCCAAGGCAGCGGAGAGAUGCUGGGGGACGCGGUGGAGUCUACGAGCACCUCGGAGGAGCACCAAGAUGCAGAAAACUUUACUGUGCAACUAAAUAUCAUUUGCAAAUACACCCAAGCGGGAAAAUAGACGGUUCUCUUGAGGAAAACAACCAAUUUAGCAUCAUGGAGAUCACAGCAGUGGAUGUUGGAGUGGUAGCGAUAAAGGGGAUAUUUUCCGGGAGGUAUCUGGCCAUGAAUGAUAAAGGACGUCUAUACGCCUCGGAUGUGUUCAACCAGGAGUGUGAGUUCCUGGAGCGGAUUCAUGAGCUGGGCUACAACACAUAUGCUUCACGACACCACUCCACCCUGCAGCCCCCUGCAGUGGGUGGCAGUGGCAAACGACGAGCCAGUGCCAAGAGGCAGUGGUAUGUGUCCAUCAAUGGUAAAGGCCGGCCAAGGAGGGGCUUUAAGACACGCAGCACUGACAAAGCCUCCCUUUUCCUGCCUCGAGUGCUAGGCAAUAAGGACCAUGAGAUGGUGCGAAAGCUCCGUGACAGCCAGAGGCCUCCAGCUGGACAGCAGAGUCCCACUAUGGGCCGGGCUGAGCACCGGAGACGGAGACACCGGGCCCGUGGCAGAAAGGGCAGAACCAAGAGGCCUGGUGACUGACUGACACUCGCCACUGCCUGAGCAGUAGGCCCUAUUUCUCCGCUGAGGAGCACCAGUUCGCGGCACAUGAAAAUGACCAAAAACGGACUUACUGAAAUAUCUGUUUUUAGAAGGAGAAAAUUUCACUUGGAUCAGUCAGUGGCAGCAAGCUAUACUUCAUUGUACAAGCUCCCGCCAUAAUCCUUGCUUGACAACUCGAACCAUCCCCCACAACUAUUGCAAUACCAACACAAGAUUUGCCUGGGACUUCGAGUCAGGCACAUACAUCUAAAGUUAGAUCUACCACUACACAAGUAUGAAAGGAUGAUAGGUUUAGUGUUUGUUUUGUACAUACACGUGUGAAUGUGACUAAAGUCAACACAGCUGGAUACCUUCUUACUGCCGUGUUACCUGGAAGAAGACAAGUUAUUUUUGUGUUCUUGUGGAACUUUUUAAAGAUAAUCAUUUUAAAAAUAAAUACAAAUAUUUGACCUUUAUUUAACCAGGUAGGCUAGUUGAGAACAUGUUCUCAUUUGCAACUGCGACCUGGCCAAGAUAAAGCAUAGCAGUGUUACACAUGGAGUAAACAAUUAACAAGUCAAUAACACAGUAGGAAAAAAAAGAAAGAGUCUAUAUACAUUGUGUGCAAAAUGCAUGUAUAUAUGUGUACAGUUAUUUUUCAUAUCCGUUUCAUUUAUCAGCAGCUUUAAGUUCAAGUAAGAACUGGACAUCAUUCAAGUGCUUACAGAUGCCAAGGAGGUGGUAUGCUCCAUCAUUCAAGUGCUUACAGAUGCCAAGGAGGUGGUAUGCUCCAUCAUUCAAGUGCUUACAGAGACCAAGUAGGUGGUAUGCUCCAUCAUUCAAGUGCUUACAGAGACCAAGUAGGUGGUAUGCUCCAUCAUUCAAGUGCUUACAGAGACCAAGUAGGUGGUAUGCUCCAUCAUUCAAGUGCUUACAGAGACCAAGUAGGUAGUAUGCUUCAUCAUUCAAGUGCUUACAGAGACCAAGUAGGUGGUAUGCGCCAUCAUUCAAGUGCUUACAAUGACCAAGUAGUUGGUAUGCUCCAUCAUUCAAGUGCUUACAGAGACCAAGUAGGUAGUAUGCUCCAUCAUUCAAGUGCUUACAGAGACCAAGUAGGUGGUAUGCGCCAUCAUUCAAGUGCUUACAAUGACCAAGGAGGUGGUAUGCUCCAUCAUUCAAGUGCUUACAGAGACCAAGUAGGUGGUAUGCUCCAUCAUUCAAGUGCUUACAGAGACCAAGUAGGUGGUAUGCUCCAUCAUUCAAGUGCUUACAGAUGCCAAGGGGGUGGUAUGCUCCAUCAUUCAAGUGCUUACAGAUGCCAAGGAGGUGGUAUGCUCCAUCAUUCAAGUGCUUACAGAUGCCAAGUAGGUGGUAUGCUCCAUCAUUCAAGUGCUUACAGAUGCCAAGUAGGUGGUAUGCUCCAUCAUUCAAGUGCUUACAGAUGCCAAGUAGGUGGUAUGCUCCAUCAUUCAAGUGCUUACAGAUGCCAAGGAGGUGGUAUGCUCCAUCAUUCAAGUGCUUACAGAUGCCAAGGAGGUGGUAUGCCCCAUCAUUCAAGUGCU